AUUAAAAUUUACGCGUGACUGUAUCCUUCUCAUAUAAUAAAUAUUAAGUGAUUAAAUCAGGAAUAAGUAAAAUUAUUUGAAAGCUUUCUAAUCUGUGAAGACAAUACACAUAUAAUAAAAACCAUCAGAUUCAAAAAUGAUUUCAACACCAUCGUCUACAAUUAAUCCAAAUAAUGAGGACAAGUUGAAAUUAUUAAAUGCUUGUCGUCAAGGUGAUUUAGACUAUUUAGGUAAAUUUAUUGUUGAUGGAGGAAAUCUCCGAAAUGUAAUCGAUAAUCAAACUGGACAAACUACAUUACACUAUUGUGUUAAAUUUGGAGAAGAGAAAAUCGCUAAUGAAAAAGAUGAUAAAAAGCCGAAUGGAAAUGACAUUCAGAUAUUUCAACGACAAUUGAAUAGAUUAAAAUGUACACGAGUCAUAAUUAAAUCAAAUCCGGAAUUUUUAACUUACUACGAUCAUAAUGGAUUUACUCCGAUACAUUUAGCAGUUAUUCAUGGUGAUAUAGAUUUUUUAAAAGUAUUAAAUGAAUUUAAUAAUGUAGAUAUGAAAGUUAAGACAAAAGCAAGAUCAAUAAUGUCAUCUUCAUCAUCAACAAGUCAUAGUGAUUCAAGUGAAAUAAAUAAUACUGGUCGGACAAUUAUACAUCUAUGUGUUAUUUACUCACAAUUAGAUGUUUUAAAUUAUCUUUUAACUAACAGUAAUAAUCAUAAUUCUAUAAAAGAAAUUGUAAAUGAAUAUGAUGAUCAAGGUGCUACAGCUUUACAUUAUUCUGUUCAGGUGAAUGCUGAACAAAUCGAUGAACUGUUUGAAUUAUUAAUCAAUAUCGGUGGAGCAAAUUUAAAUGCACCGGAUACACAUGGUCGUACACCAAUUAUAUGGGCAGCUACAGUUGGUUCUGCGCAUGCUGUAGAAAUAUUACUUAAAUUAGGUGCUAAUUUAAGUCAUAAAGAUUCACAUGGUUUGACUGCAUUACACUGUGCUGCAUCUAGAGGUAAUUUACAAACAGUUCAAACUAUCUUGAAUUGGAUAACAAUUGCAAACAAAGAUGAUGAGAGUAAAAUUGCCCUGCUUCGUGAUGUAAAUGAUAAUGAUGGAUGUAGUCCAUUGUUUUAUUCUGUUGCAACUGGUCAUAUUCAUGUGACUGAAUGCUUUAUUAAAGCUGGAGCCGAUGUUAUGCAUACAGAUUUUAAAGGUCGUACUGUGUGUCAUUGCUUAGCUAGAUUAAAUUCAUUGUCCAAUGGGAUUAAAUUUGACAGUCUUAUCAAAACUCAAUUGACCUGUUUAGUUGAGGCUGGUUUAAAUCCAUGGCUUGCAAAUAAAACUGGUUUAACAGCUUUACAUGAAGCAUGUUUACUAAGAAAUGUAUCUUUUAUUAAACAGUUAGCUAAUUUACCAGGUUUUAAUACGGUUGUAAAUGCAACGGAAUCUCAAGGUCAUAGCCCAUUGCACUUAGUUGUAGCAGCUUCAUGGAGUACUGAACCAUCUGGUAUUAGAUUGUGUCAUUAUCUGUUAGAACAUGAAGCCGAUGUGAAUGCUGUCACUCGUCUACCGAAUGAUGAAUAUGUUACCCCAUUAAAUCUGGCUUACUUAAAUGAAACUAAUGAUGAAACAUCGAAAAAUUUACUCAUUAAUCUAAUAAAACAAUAUGGUGGUCGGACAUAUCAGGAACUAUCAAAUGAAGGAAAAGUUAGCAUUGAUAAGUUUCAAAGUAGCGGUAAUGAUAAUACCAAAAUCGAUAUUCGCACUAAUGAUAACCAUAAUGAUGUUAAUCAAGAGAAAAUGUCAGCAUCUGGUGUUUUCAAUCCAGAAAAUGAAUUAAAGCCAAUAGGUAAAACAGACAUUUCAAGUUCCAUGGUUGUUGAAACAAUAGUGGGAGAAAAACCACAGAUGAUUGAUUCAUCCACUGAACCAAUAAGCGAAUUUAUCGUGUCCCUAACAUUGAAGGAUUCAAGUGUACAAACAUGUCUGGAUAGGAGAAGGCGAAAAAAACUGUCAACACAAUCUUCACCCUUAUUGUCUUCUGAAGAACCAAUGCAUGAAACUAUUAGCACAGCACAUAAUCGACAUGUAACGGAUAAAUCCUUGAGUGAAUCACUUAGCGUCACCUCAACUGAAAGCUCUUCAUCCAUUACUUUAAAGAAUGGAAGUGGAAGAAACAGCUCAAGUAAUCAUGAUAGUGGACAAAAUACAAAUACUUCAAUACAGCUCAUAGUCCGAGUACCAACUCCAUCAGAUUUAAAAUUACGAAAUGAUAAGUCUAGUGAAAGUAGGACUAUGGGAACUGAAAAGAAAAAUGUUCCAAUCACUUUGAUCUCAACAGUUAAAAAUAAUAUUAAUGUACAAAAUGACAAUUGCCAUCACUUUACGUCAUCUGGGGUAGAUGAUAAAACUCCGAAAAAUUCUAAACAUUUACCAUAUUCACAAAUCUACUUAGAAAAAGAACUACCUUUAGCAUUGAAACGAUAUUUGGAAAAAGAGAAUUUUAAUUAUUCACCCUUAACAGGACGUUCUCGUUUGCCCAAACCAAGUAUAUCACCCUAUCUACAACCAGUUGUACCCGGUCUACCUUUAUAUGAAGAAAAUGUUGCAAUGUCUAGAAAGAACAAUCAUAAUAAACGUAUUUCCAGAAAACAGGCUCAGUCAGCCGGUGUAUAUAACAAUAAUCUAUCCUAUUCAAAUAAUCAACAGAACAAAUCGAUCUCUAAAAUGAAUACUAAGGUAAUUCAUCGCAAGCGGUUGAGUUCGUCGGCAUCCGCAUCAAAUUCUUCUACUAUGGAUGUUUCUAUUCCUGGAAGUUAUCAUACAAAUAAAAUAAUGCAAAAAAAUAUAAAAUAUCCACAAGCGCGUUCACAAUCAUCAAGAAAUUUACAUGUACCCUCAAACGACAAUCAUGAAGUACAACAAAGUGUAGCAGAUUAUGAGUUUUAUCGGUUCCUUAACCAGUUAUUAAAACAAAAUUGUCCAACAACACAAAAAAAGAAAAGAGCCACAAUACCAACAACAAAAACAAUGAGUUCUAAGAAUAAACAAUCAGUUGAUGCAUAUGAUGAUCGACAUUCGGCUAUGGGAGGUGAACUAACACCUAUUAAUAACCAUAGAAGUGAACCAAAUUUAGACACUGAAACACAAGCUUUUAAUAGCAAGAAAUCAACUAGUAAACAGUUAAACAUAUAAUGAAACAGUAGACAGUAUGAUAAAAAUUAACACCGACAGUUAACCUUGACAACAUAAAAUUCCGUCAUUUAAUUAAUAAAGAAUAGAAAGUCAAGUUCGUUAUGGAAAAACAAUAUGUUUCAUAACUGAGAUAUUACAUUACACUCGAACAGAUGGAUAGAUGAUUAGAUAUUGUGUUACAUGAAUGUUAUCAUUAUAUAUCUAUGUAAAACUACCUUUCUUAAUUUCAGCAAUUCAUUCUUGAAUAAUGAAAUUCCUUGUACCUUUUUUGUUGUUGUUUGGAACUAACUCAUAUGAAUGACGUAAAACAUUUCGAAAUACUUAUAUCGAUUACUUUUUUUACUUUUCUAAGUGUUUACAUUUGGAAGUUGUAUACAAAAUUCAAUUUUAAUUGGACCAUUAUUACUAUUAUCAUUAUUUAUUGAGAAACUUGAAUUGGUUCUACAGUUCUAUUUUCAAAUUAGAAAACCAAAAAGUGGACAGGUUCGAGCCGAUUACAUCGUUUCAAAUUAUAGUGUGUGAAUUCAAGAUUGUUUGUAAAAUAUCAUAAAAUUGUUAAUGUUGAAACGAUUAAUAUGCACCGGUAACUUGAAUAGGUUGAUACGUUAAAUGAAAUUGUAUGAUUAAUAAUGAGCAUCAAAUAUAGAUGAAAUAAAGUGAGAAAGACAAUGAUGCAAAUGCAAAUUGAAUUAAAUAUUCAGUCAUGAGUUACGCAAUAAAUGGAAUAAUAUGAAUGGGGUAAGAAUUAGUAAUUAGUUGACAAUCACUUUGUUGAUAUGGUAACACAAUUUAAUUAAUGCCCUGACUUUUUUAUAACUUCAUUUUAUUCAUUAACGUAAUGACAUUAUUUACCUGAGAGAUUAACCUGAUAAUAUACCUUAUGCAUCAACUUGAACGCAUCGAGCAGAUAUAGACGCCCCCAAAUUGAUGAAUAAAACAUAAUGCGUCACAUCAAAUGCACCAGUGAAAUGGUUUAGUUGAGGCUUGACGGAUCCGAACUCUGAUCCCGUUAGGUUCCGCAUCAAUGAACUAUUUUGACAAGCCAAAGAACUGCAUCCAUUGUUAUCCUCACGUUUCCAUGAACUACAGUCAAGUUUCCAUCUCUCCUUGGAAAUUAAAAAUCCUAGACAACUGAAUUUCGAUGAAGCUCUGAAUAAAAUGGCAUUAUUAAGUUUUUAUAAUCACCUUCUUCUGUGAGGACGAUUGCGAUUUCUCCUUACAGGUUUCCAACCACUUCUUUAGCAAACAAACUUCAAAUAUGGUUUCUGAUUCUAAUGAAACUAUGAAUGACGAAUAAAAAAACAGAGAAACGUUGACCACUCGAAUUCUCUGACUGUAUGCUUUCGUGCUUCCAGGGACGGAAACUUUGCUAGAAACAAUAUGCUUAGAAAAAUACUUACCUAUGACUGUGAUC